GAGAUGCUUCUGCUCUUAGCUUCGCCAACGCCGACAUCCCGGGUGGGCGCUACCGCAGCGGCGGGCUGGCACAGGAGGAGGAUCUCUGCCGCUUGCUGCCGCAGCUCUACCCGGCCCUCAAAGCCACACCAUAUCCGAUCCCUCCGGGAACAGUUCUGGUAGCUCGAGACCUUCUGGCUCUAAGGAAGCCUGGCACCUAC